AUGCACUUUUCUUUGCGAACAUUGGAAAGAUAUAAAAAUGAAUAUUUGAUUUUAUUGAUUAUUUUAUUCUCGAUUUUCAAAAUAUUAGCUUUUCUUACGGCAUUAUUCAUUACUCUUCAUUCUUCCUUCUUUUCUUUUUUCUUUUCUUUCUUCAUUUGUUUCUUUUCUUGUUUUCUUUUCUUUAUUUUCUUUCAUUGCUUUCAUUGUUUCUUUUCUUUCUUUUUCUUUUCUUUCUUUUUUCUUUUCUUUCUUUCUUUAUUUUUUCUUUUCUUUCUUCCUUCCAUUUCUUUCUUUCUGUCUUUUGCUUUCUUUAUUUUCUUUCUUUCUUUCUUUCUUUCCUUAUUUUCUAUCGUUGUUUCCUUUCUUUCUUCCUUUUCUUUCUAUUUUCUUUCUUUCUUUUUCUUUUUCUUUCUUUAUUUUCUUUCUUUAUUUGUACGUUUUUCUUUUUCUUCUCUCUCUUUCUUCUUUUCUUUUUUCUACCUUUUAUUUCUUUCUUCCUUCCUUUUCUUUCUUUCUUUUUUCUUCUUUUCUUUCUUUGUUUCUUUUCUUUUCUAUAUUUCUUUCUGUCUUCAUUUACUUUCUUCUUUCCUUUUUUUGCCUCUACUUACUUUCUUUUUCUUCUUUUUCAUUCUUUCUUUCUUUCUUUUCUUUCUUUCUUUCUUUGUUUUUUUUUUCUUUCUUUUACGUUUCUAUUUUUCUUUUUGCUCUUCUUUCUUUAAAAUUGCCGCCCCUUUUCUUUCUUUCUUUCUUUCUUUCUUUCUUUCUUUCUUUCUUUUUAUAAAUUAUCUCAAGUUAUCCUUUCUCUGUAUUUUCAUCCCCCAAAUUUUUUUUCCUCUCUCCACUCUUUCUUUCUUUCCCUACUCAUUUUUUCUUUCUUUUCCUACAAAUUCUUUCUUUCUUUCUUUCUUUCUUUCUUUCUUUCUUUCUUUCUUAUCUAUUGUUCUAUUUUUUCCCUUUACGUCUUUCCUUUUUCAUGCUAUUUUUCAUUUAUCCCUUUCUUCCUUUUGUUCUUUCAUUCUUUCUUUUCCUACAUUUAUUUAG